GACCAGUAUUAGAAUUUCAUGGUUACAACUUUUCCAACUGGGAACAUUUUUAUCAGUUAUUGGUAAGCUCUGGAGUAGACAAGUUCGGAAAGUUGGAAAAACUCCUCUUUACACACUCAUACAACCAACAAGAAAAAAAACAGUGCAAAAGGAAAAGUGAAAAAAGCAAAGAAAAAAAAGAAUAGAAAAAGAAUAUGUGGAAACAUAUUAUGAGGUGCCAAUUUGCUUAUAAGUGAUGAAUUCCAUUGAUUUUCGAUAAAAUCUAUUAUCCUGUGGAAAAAGUGUAAUUUGUGUGAAAAAAUAUUCAAUUUUCCAACUUAUAAUCACCUCAUUAAUUGCCCAGGAAGCAAGAAACAUCAAUACUAACUGUAAAAAUGCCUUGAUUGAAGUACAUAAAAUAAAAGCCGAAGAAUUAAAAGGAAACGCUUGCGUCCCAUUUUUAGGAUAGGAGUAACUUGAGAAGACGACAGAGGAGAGAGGAGGAUAUACACAAAAUGGCAGAACAACAAAAACUGUCGCUUUGUCCUCGUUUGGUGGAUUAUCUGGCCAUUGUUGGAGCCCGAACUAGUCCGCCAACUAGGACAAUUGCUGGAAAUAAAACACCCCCCGUUCAGAUGCCAGAGUUGUUGAGACGGUAUCCACCUUCGGACCAUGCUGACUUUCCACUUCCUCUGGACAUGGUGUUUUUUUGUCAGCCUGAGGGAUGCACAAGUGUUGGUCCCAGGAGAACUGGAUCUGCGGUUAGGGAUGCUACAUCGUUUGUUUUCGCUCUAACCGAUAAGGAUUCGGGCAAAACGCGCUAUGGUAUCUGUGUGAAUUUCUAUCGUCCGGUGGAUAAACAUGUUCCUGCGAGUGCGGCAGCACCCAUGGCAGCACGUGGAGGUCGUCGCAGUUCAGCUUUUCGACGAGAAUCAUGGCGAAAGAGCAUGGAACGAAGUUCGGAUUCAGCUUUUAGCAGCGACUAUAGAAGUAAUGUAGCACCAAGUGAUUCAGACCGUGAAGUACCUAGCCGAAGGGAUUCUGAUCCUCCACAUCAUCAACAACCACACCCCAUCCAGCAACCACCGAAGCUGGGUUUAAUAGCACCUAGUGCUGAUUCAGAGUCCGGUGGAAGCCAUACGCCUUCACCUCGGGCCUCAAGGAAACGCACAAAAGUCCGUAACCAAUCGCUGACGUCGCUAUGUAUAAUUUCACAUCAUCCGUUCUUUACGACAUUUCGGGAAUGUUUAUUUAUUCUCAAAAAACUCAUCGAUGCCUGCAACGAGUCGUCCAGCCCGAAACGAGUUGGUGCAUCUAAUAAAGUUAAUAGGGACAAUGUUUGGACGGUUUUAACUGGUAAUGCGACUGAUGCUACACCCUCCAUAGUUAUUCAUGAUGUGAAAGAAAUCGAGACUUGGAUCUUGAGACUGCUUUCUACUCCCGUACCAGUUCCCGGUUCAACUAGGGUUGAGGUGGAAGUGCUGUCACCCACAGUACAUGAACCUUUACUCUUUGCCCUGCCCGACCAUACAAGAUUUUCGCUGGUGGAUUUUCCAUUGCAUCUGCCUUUGGAGCUGCUUGGUGUAGAGACGUGCCUAAAAGUGCUGACCUUGAUUAUACUCGAAAAUAAAGUGUUGUUUCAGUCGCGCGACUACAAUGCCCUCUCCAUGUCGGUUAUGGCAUUCGUGACAAUGCUCUAUCCGUUGGAGUACAUGUUUCCGGUGAUACCAUUGUUGCCCACCUGUAUGAGCUGUGCAGAACAAUUGCUCUUGGCACCGACUCCCUUUGUCAUUGGAGUGCCGGCAACAUUUCUUUUAUAUAAAAAGAAUUUCAGCCUUGAUUACAGACUCCCAGAUGAUAUUUGGGUAGUUGAUUUGGACUCAACUAAGUUAUCACCGCCAACGGGUGGCGCUGAAGAAAUUCCAGGUUUACCCGAACCCGAAGGCACAAUUUUGAAAAAUCACCUUAAGCAGGCUAUGCAACUAAUGGAUCAAGCUGGACUUGGUGCUUUAACAUCAAUGUCUGCAAGUAAUCAAGCAGCUUCAAAUCAACAGCUAAUGCCAUCGAUAAGAGAUAGCUUACAACAGCCACCGAUACUAGGUGUUUCGUCUGCUCGGCUACCUUUGCAAUCACCAUCAUCAGCACAGGCAAGUCAACGCAACUCGAUAUCCACUCAAGGUGUUGCAUCGCGUCAGCCCAGUCCUAAUGCCCCUCCCGCAAUAAAUCCAAUUAUCUUUGGGACUGAUGUAGAUUCAGUUGAUGUUGCAACACGGGUUGCUAUGGUUCGAUUCUUUAAUUCACAAAACACCCUAGCCAACUUUACUGAGCAUACUCGAACACUGCGGUUGUAUCCAAGACCUGUUGUAGCUUUUCAGAUCAACAGCUUUCUAAGGUCUCGACCUAGGGCAUCAGUAUUUUUAAAUAAAUUUGCCCGAACUCAAGCAGUAGAAUUUUUGUCAGAGUGGUCCCUAACGCCGACCAAUGUGGCAUUCUUACGCGUUCAAACGGGUGUCCUUGAUCCAAUACAAGUUGGCGACAAGGCGAAGUGGUUUGCCCAUGGGCUGACUCCGAUUCGUUUCUCUGUUUGGGAUGAUGGAAGUUCGUUAAAUGGAGCUCUUCGAAGUCUUCAACAGCUAGAAUGUCAGCCUACGGAUGAAAGUGGUUCAGAUUCAGAAGGAGCGGAGAGCACAAGUUCAUCAUAUUCCUCACUAAGUGAUUUCGUCUCGGAAAUGGUAUCUUCAGAUCUUUCACCUAGCUUACACGAUGUAUUCGGACCUCAUCAUCAUCACCACAAUGUGCCCCAGACCCUUUCAUCAAACCUUGAUGCUAGUUUAGUAUAUCAUCCCCCAAGUAAAUUGCAAUAUCCUGAAGGUGUGAUUGUACAGUCUUCCAAAGAGGAUGACGACCGACCUGAGUCGCCACAUUCCUCAUCAUCGAGUCGAUCGGACUUAAGUUCACCAAGUUUUAAUCGGGAUUCAGAAUUUGAUUUCCCUCCUAAAGGGGAUCCCGAAGUUUUACUCAGACCAAAAUCAAUGGACGAUGAAGAAAGUUCUCCAGGAUCCCAAAAACUCCAACGAAAUGCCUCUGAUCUUGAAAAGGGAAAUUUAUCUGAUAAAAGAAAAACUACGGCACUUCCGAUAACACCGACUGUAGUACGACAGCCAAGUUUUUCUAAUAUUUUAGCUCGAACCAGUUCGGGUUCGAGUUCAGGAAGCCCUGGCGGUAGUCAAAGACAAGGUUCACAAGGCUCUUUAUUUGAAAACUUUGCUUCCCAUGCUAAGGAUCUAGUGAGAGAAACAACUCGUCAAAGUAGUCAGGAAGGCAUAUUGGCUCAUGUAGACAAGGAAUCAGUGGACGAAGAGGAAAUUAAAUUCAAUCCUCUUGAAAAGCUCACACUUCAUGCCAAAAAGGCUGCAGGUGAAGCUUCUAAACAAGCAAUCGAAGUUUCCAAGCAAGCAGCAGGUGUAAGCAGAAAUACAUUGGAUGAUCUAACCUAUGUUGGAAAAUCAACUUUGGGUGAUUUAACAAAGACAGCAAAAGAAGCUGCUACUAAAAAAGGACUCAUGAAAAACAAUGAACAAGAUAAUAUGAUGGAUCUUCAAGGACCUGGAAAUCAAAUUGCUACACAAAAACAAGGUGGAUUAAUGCAAAACACUGGUAGAGAUUUCUUUUCUUCUAUUGGAAGUGAUAUAAACGGACUCACGUCGUCCACAAGUGCAAUGUUUUCAGGGAUGUUUGGAGGGAAAAAGCAACAACAACAGCAGCAGCAGCAACAGUCACAGCAACAAAGACAGCAUCCCAAUCAACACCACCAUCAACAAGGUCAGGCAGCUGGACAGAAAUCAAAAAGCGGUCUAUCUUUUGAUCCCUUCCCAGGACGGAGAGCACUGGCCGAGAGAACUCCAUUGAUAAAGCACUCAAGUCCAAAACAAAGUCAAGAAGAAAUCCAAAGGCAACAGAAUCAAGAACGAUCUCAUAGCAACUCAGAAAAUCAAGCCUUUUUGAAGGAUGUUAUUAGCCAGGUUAUGGCUGGAGAAGGCGUUGGCUGGCUGAAGCUAAAUCGACUUAGAAAGCUUAUGGAAGAUGAGUCCUAUCGAAUGCUGGUGUUGGGAAAACUCAAUAAGACACUGGAUCGUAAGAUCGCUCCAGAUGAUCAUAUCGAUGAUGUGUGUAUCCCGAAACCCUUAUGGAAAGGCAUCCUUAAAUGCCUCCAAGCAAUAGCUUCCGGCCUCGAUAGCACAUUCUCGAACUUUGGCAUGGGGGGAAUGGCUUCGGUCUUCCAAAUGAUGGAAAUCGCUCACACUCACUACUGGAGCAAGGAACUCACUGAAAAUACCAGUGAAAUGAGUCCCAGUUUACUCUCAAGUCAUGCAGCUAGCCCUAUGGGUAGUCGAGAGAACCUGCGUUCGCCUUCCAGUCCGAAUCCCUCGAAUCUUGGCAGUGAAUGGGCGUCACCUCAGGAGUCUCGCAAGAAUUCCACACAAAUCGAUCGCAGUGGAGCUCAAAGAAGAAUGUCAUCAGCUGACAGUCAAGAUGGUCAAUCUACUACCGAAAUGUUUAAAGACAUGUUGACACAGAAGAGAAAUGUCCUCAUGAGCAAGCUUUCUUCCUUUGAUUCUGAUGGUGCCGGUUCCACUGGGGCACUCUCAGUGGUGAGUGACCUUCUUCCAUCCGGUCAUAAGGGCGGUGGACAACGUCUGCCUUCCAUAAGUUGCCGCUCGACCGUAUCCGAUACUGAAUAUGAAAAUACAAAUAUUCUAAAGGAUUCCAAGAAAGGUGGAAAUUUGUGGUCUGGAAAAUCGACGUUGAGUGCUGGUUUUCGGUAUACUGGAGGUCAUUUAAUAAAUACAUCCUCAUCACCAUCACCGGAUAGUCCAAGGGUUUAUCUGUUCGAAGGCUUAGUUGGCAAAGAUAGGCUUAUGUUGUGGAAUCAAAUGCAAUUUUGGGAAGAUGCAUUUUUAGAUGCAGUUAGCCAAGAACGAGAUAUGAUUGGAAUGGAUCAGGGACCUGGAGAAAUGAUGGAAAGAUACAAAUCUUUGAGUGAAUCGGAGAGAAAACGUCUGGAACACGACGAAGAUAGACUACUUUCAACAAUGUUGUACAAUUUGACAGCAAUCCUAGUUAUGUUGAAUGUUAACAAGGAAGAGAUCAAGCGGAAAGUUCGUCGUUUGCUUGGAAAGAGCCACAUUGGUUUGGUUUACUCACAAGAAGUUCAUAAUUUAGUGGAUCAAAUCAAUAACUUGAACGGCAAUGACAUCGAUUUAAAACCGCUUGGCUCAAGGCUCUUACAUCGUCAAAGUUUCACAGUACAUCAGGGUGUCGAUGCAACGGGCCCCUUGAGGUUUUUGGAAGUUCGUGAUGAUGGCUUAGUUUUGCGAUCAGUUAAUGGAACCAUUGUGGAACGCUGGUGGUAUGAACGUUUAGUCAAUAUGACCUUUUCACCCAAAACAAAAGUUUUGUGUCUCUGGAGACGUAACGGUGGACAGACGCAGUUGCACAAAUACUAUACAAGAAAGUGUAAGGAAUUGUACAAUUGCAUCAAAGAUGCCAUGGAACGUGGUGGCACCCCAACAAAUGUACCUGAACUUGGUGGAGAAUUCCCAGUGCAAGAUAUGAAUUCUGGUGAGGGAGGUCUGCUGCAAGUCUGCCUCGAGGGUGUUGGUUUGUUAUUUGCUAACAGUAAGUUUUUCGUCCGUUUGGACCAUAUUCGAAAGUGCUUUACACAAAAAGGAGGAAUAUUCGUACUAGAGGAAUAUAAUCCAAAAACACGACAACUUAUUCAAAGAAAAUACAAAUCAUCUAUGGCCGAUCAAAUUUGUUACUCGGUACUUUGUGUAUUUUCUUACGUCGCCGCUGGACAAGAUCAAAAGAAAAACCCAGUUGUUAUGACACCUCAAAUUCAAGAUAUCCAUUCACAACAACAACAACAGCAGCAGGGCCAACAACCCCAAACUACAAGCCCCCGCAUACCAGCUCCACAAUCAUCACCUAAACCAACGCAUCAGCAACCGUUACCUCAACAGCCAGUCAGCAAGCUUCAAACAGUCACAAUUAAACACAGUGUACCACCACAAAAGCCAACUGUCACCACAUCCACCGUUCAGCCACAAACAAAACUUUCUACAUCUAAUUCAGGAAAUGGCGCCCAACAGAGGCCCACUCAUCUGCCAUCAAGGAGUCCUAUCUCUCCAAAUGCAAAAAACCUUCCACAACUACCGCCAAGAGUUCCUUCUCAGACAUCCGUUGAGUCAGGCAAAAGUGGUCGUGGUGGUCCUCCCGCUGCUGGUCCACCACCAGGUCCACCCCCAGCCAUUCCCCCAAGGAGUGGAAACUUAUCCCGUUGUGGAUCAGUUCAAGUACCUGCAACCAGUUCUGGUCGGAAAUUAGUUCGACAGGCUUCUGCAAAUUCAAUUCCUCCCCAAUAUACUCCUCAGCCUCCACCUCCUUUUGUCAUUCCGCAGCGAAGGAGCUCAAUAAGUAGACAAGGUUCGGUAAACAGCACAGGAAGUUCUGCGAAGUCUAGUUAUAGUGGUGGUGGGGGAGGAGGAGGAGGUGGAGGUGGUGGUUAUGGUGGAAAUGGUCAUGGAUCUCCAUUUGGUCAUAGAAAACACUGACAGAGAGAUUCGAUAUUUCAGUUGCGAUCAGAUCACCCAGUUUGUACCUCUUACUGCCUACCUUGGCUUUAAUUUCUUUUAUCUACAAAUAAAUACCUAACCCCAAAAAAAAUUAUUUAUGAUUUUGUAGUUUUUCAAGUGGAGUUGAAAGUUCUUUUCGAACAAAAUACAUUUUACACUUUAUGAAAAGGUUUUGUAAUACAUUUUAAUCCAUGUUCUGAGGAAAAAAGCUUUUGAGUUAUUUCAAAAUGUGUUCACAAAUUCGUUUAAUCGAAAAUUUUGGUCUCCAAAAUUCCGCUUAAGAAUUUUUGUUUCAUAUUUAGAUUUCAGUUCAGUAUAAAAUUAAGCUAAGAAAUUUAAGCUUAGUACAGAUAAAAGAAAUCAAAAUUCUGGAAUUUUGCACUAACAUAAUAUAGCCCUCAGCUUCGUCAGAACUGUUACUAAAAAAAUAGAAAAGUUACAAAAUUGCAGAAACAGAUACCCAUUCGCGAACUCAUACUUAAAAAAGGACAGCCUACAUAGUUUCCUGAAAAGCUUUAAUUAUCCUUAAACAAUUGGGUCAUCGGUUUGGUCUAAAAUAAAUAAACAAAGAAAUCCUUAACAAAAAAAAGUAAACUAAAAAAUGCAAUAUUGGUGUUUAAAUAUAGAACAGAAAAAUAAAAACAAAAUCAUCAGUGAAUAAUUUCAGAAGAAAAUUAUUAGAAAACUUAACAUAGCAAAAAUUAUAUAUUUAAAUAAUUAACAACGUUAACUAUAGAGAAACCAAAAUUAUUCAAAAUGUUGUGAAGUAUUGUAAUUCUUUUUUUUAUUUUAAAAUCACAGAAAUUAAAACAAAAAUCAAGUAAGACGUUUCUUAAAUCAAUGAACAAUAACUAAAUUUAACUUUUAAAAAAAGCAAAUAAAAUUUGAUUAAAUAUGUGUUUAAAUAGAAUUUAAAUUUUAAUAAAAAAUAUAUAAGAAAUGCAAUUAAUGAAAAUAUAAACAGCAAGACAAAAACACAAACAUCUUAUGCGAAAUAAAAAAUAAAUGAAAGCAAAAUCUUUGUAUCAGAAUGAAAUAUAGAAAACACAGAAUUCCUACAAAUUUAAAAUUUAAAGCUAAAAAUAUAUUUGUUAAAUAAUUAAAUGUCUAUUGAGAAAAGUUAAAAUUUUUAAUAAUAAACCAAAAAUAUUAACUUUUUUGUAUUAUAAAUGUGUAAAUGUGUAUUUUGUACUUAGCACCAUAAAGUCUAAGUUUAACAAAGAAUGAGAAAUUAAAAUAAGUAAGAAACUAACUAUAGGUGAAGGGGUUGUUAAGAAAAGCAGAUAUAAGGUAGAAAGAUUAAACUUUAGUUUAAAUUUUAUUUAAUUGAUUUGUUUCAGUUAUAUGAGUAUACAAAUAAUACAUUGUUAUAUUAAAUAAUUCUUAGUUAAAAUAAUAUUUUUUUUGUUAAACAAAAUAAAAUUUUUAAGUUAAACAUUUCAAAU